GAUGAUUGAAACAAAAAAAUGUUGGGAAUCGGCGUGUACCAGUGAAAAUGUAUAAAAUGUUUGAGAAAAUGCAGAGAGAGAGGAAGAGAAGAGAGAAUGUGAGUAUGUGACUGUUGUGUAGUGGAAAAGGCGGGAGUUACAGACACAUUCUGGGGGUUGCUUGCAGUAAUGCAGUUACCGGCGGUGACGGUCAUGGAAGCUACCCAUUUCACUUCCUCCCCUUUUGUCUCUCAAUACCAUGGCUCUUCCAGAAGAAGAGCAUUCACAUUCAAGCGCAACCAUAUCUGUUACGGUUAUUGCCCUCGCUUUCUGCGCCAACCGCAGAGCCUCUCAUCGCCUCUCAUAACCCUUCGCGCCAAACCCUCUUCCCUCCCUCCCAACCACCUCACCGCCGAACAACAACACGCCGACGAGGAUCAUCAGCUUCACCCAAACCCCGCCGUUAAGUUGCCGCUCGAUCAAAAUGAAAAACUCCAGGAUGUGGAUGUGAAGCGAGAGCUUCUUUUGCUGUCUGUGCCCGCCAUUGCCGGCCAGGCAAUUGACCCCUUGUCGCAGUUGAUGGAAACCGCCUACAUUGGUCGACUUGGCACUCUCGAAUUGGCUUCUGCGGGCGUUUCCGUAUCCAUCUUUAACAUGAUUUCUAAGCUUUUUAACAUUCCCCUUCUAAGCAUUGCCACUUCCUUUGUUGCCGAGGACAUGGCCAAGGCUGCCUCUACUCAGCAUUCUGAUUCAGAUCAGGGUGCUACAGAAAAUACUGGCAAUGGUAAACCUUUCAAAACAGUUCCCCACAGAAAACAGCUACCCUCUGUCUCCACUGCUUUGCUUUUAGCACUCGGCCUUGGCAUUUUUGAGGCUUUGGCUUUGUCCCUGGGAUCGGGAACAUUUCUAAAUUUAAUCGGUGUGUCAACGCAAAAUCCAACUUUUGCUCCUGCACGACAAUUUCUCUCUGUAAGAGCUGUUGGUGCUCCCGCAGUUGUACUUUCUUUGGCUCUUCAAGGCAUUUUCCGUGGUUUUAAGGAUACGAAAACCCCUGUUAUAUGUCUAGGCAUUGGCAACUUCUCAUCUGUCUUCUUAUUUCCCUUACUUAUGUAUUACUUUCGGUUGGGUGUAACUGGUGCAGCCAUUUCCACUGUUAUCUCUCAAUAUAUUGGGACCAUGUUGAUGAUCUGGUGUCUGAAUAAACGAGCUGAGUUACUACCUCCAAGGAUGGGAAACCUGCAAUUUGGCAGUUAUAUUAAAUCUGGUGGUUUCCUUCUUGGAAGAACACUAGCUGUUCUUUCAACCAUUACAUUGGGGACAUCAGUGGCUGCUCGACAUGGUCCAGUAGCUAUGGCUGCACAUCAGAUAUGUAUGCAAGUGUGGUGGUCUGUUUCCCUUCUUUCAGAUGCCUUGGCUGCAUCUGGUCAGGCCCUUAUUGCAAGUUAUGUAUCCAGACAUGAAUACAAAGUUGUGAAGGAGAUUACUAGUAUAUUAUUAAGGAUUGGACUGGUAAUGGGUAUUUGCUUGGCUGCAAUUCUGGGUGCAUCGUUUGGACCUCUAGCUACCAUUUUUACUCAGGAUUCUGAAGUCUUGCUGGUGGUCAGAUCAUUAGUGUUGUUUGUCAGUGUUUCUCAACCAUUUAAUGCACUGGCAUAUAUUGUUGACGGUCUCCAUUAUGGUGUUUCUGAUUUCCGAUAUGCUGCCUUCUCCAUGAUGCUUGUGGGAGCAGUCUCCUCUGUAUUCUUGUUGUUUGCAGCUCCACUUUUUGGCCUCCAGGGCGUAUGGCUGGGAUUAGUUCUCUUUAUGGCUCUUCGUGCAGUAGCUGGCGCUGUCAGAUGUCUCUCAAAGAAUGGUCCUUGGUGGUUUCUACACAGGGAUUUACAAAUUGUAUAGAGUAAAUCGCAAAAUGUACGAGGAUGUCGAUAUAGCUUUUGUUCCGUUUCACAAUGUCACCGGAAAGAGCGAAAGAUAAUCUUAGACAGCAUGAUCUUGGCAGUAUGCCCAAUUAUGAAGCUUUAAAUUUUGCAUCUUUGUGAGUUUAUUGGUGAACUACGACUUGCUUCAUAGCUUUACUCAGAUUCAGAUAUUGAGGAAAACAAACUGUGGUCUCAUAAAUGGAGGAUGCGAAUGAAACACUGGAUUUGACAUUUGAAGACUAAUUUUUCCGUCGGUAUUAUAUUGAGAUGUUAGCCGGUGACUUGUUGUUUUCCGUUGUUUCCGAGUAGAGAUAGGCAAUUUUAGAAGCAGUUUGUAGGUUAUCGCUAUGAGAACUGUGUGUUAAGCACAUUUUUCAGUCAUUGUUUACCGUGUGAAGGAAAAUGGUUCAGUUCAGUAUUUUUCAAAUUCACGAAACUUUUGAGA